AUGAAAAUGAGCAGCUCGCUCUACAAACUUGACCCGUUUUUAGAUGUCGACGGAAUUCUACGUGUCGGUGGACGUCUCAGACGUGCAAGCUUGAAAGGAGACGUAAAAUUUCCCAUCAUCCUACCACGAAACAGCCACGUCACCAAGUUGAUUAUCAAGCAUUUCCAUGAGCGUACACAUCAUCAAUGUAAAGGAAUGACCUUGAACGAAGUGCGAUCGAAUGGGUUCUGGGUGCUUAGUGGUUCGUCAGUAGUCGCCAACAUGAUUUCAUCUUGUGUCACGUGCCAAAAACUGCACGGAACAGUACAAGAGCAAAAGAUGUCAGAUUUGCCGGAAGAUCGACUCGAGUCUACUCCACCCUUUACAUACUGCGCCGUGGAUUAUUUUGGGCCGUUCGUCAUUAAAAAAGUAAGGAAGGAGCUAAAGCGAUAUGGCGUGCUCUUUACCUGCAUGGCGUAUUGA